AUGUUUUUGUGGUCUGGGAUGAGAAAAGAUAUUGGAGAUUAUGUCUCGCGCUGUUUGACUUGUCAAAAGGUUAAAAGUAAGCAUAAAAGACCAAGAGGUUUAUUGCAACCUUUGGAGAUACCGGUAUGGAAGUGGAAUGAUAUCUCUAUGGAUUUUAUUGUGGGUUUACCUCGGACGAAGGCAGGAAAUGAUGCGUUAUGGGUCAUACUGGAUCGUUUGACUAAAUCAUCACGUUUCAUCCCUAUGAACUUUCAUGGAUGGGCAGACGGAACGGACAAAUCAGAUACUAGAAGAUAUGCAUCGAUACAGAUGGCUCCAUUUGAGGCUUUGUAUGGGCGUCUUUGUCGUAGUCCGGUUUAUUGGGGUGAUUUCACCGAAGCUGUGACCUUGGGGCCUGAAUUGUGGUUCCAGAUGACUGAGAAAGUGAGGUUGAUAAGGGAUUGUUUGAAAGCGGCACAGGAUCGUCAGAAGUCUUUCGCUGAUUUAAAGCGAUGA